UGAACAUGUUUUUCCAACGGCUAGUUUGAAUGACAAACUUUAUAAAAUCGUUAAAUUUCAAAAUUAUGUAAGUUAUCGGCAGGCGCAGCGUUGCUUAUAACAGAUGUCGCAUAUCUUUCCCACCAGUUGCGAAUGUCAUCGAAUACUCCCAAUCGAUAGUGUACUCUCAUCGCUAGCUGAAAUCUUGGGCAAUUUUUUUUGUUUCGACAAACUAAAGCAAAGCCUGCCUAAAUCUUUGUGCAAACACAACAAUAACAACAAGUGUCUGGGUCCGCGAAUAAACUGACAAACAAUAUCAACGUCAACAUAUUUAGACGCGUCGUGGCCAAGCGAGCACCUGCUAUCUGAGAGUGAGAGUGAGUCUGAGUGCAUAAUUUACUGUUGGCCUUCCGCUCAGGCAACAACAAAGGCAAGGCAUCGACAACGACCCACACGCUUACGCACAGACACUCACACGCUCACAAAAAGUACACACACAUACACAUAUAAACACUUAUGCUCAUAGAUUGUGAUACCGUGAGUGCGUUUUGGGUUUUGUCAUCAAUUAACAACAAAAACAUUCGCUUUACACUCCCGCCCGCGAAAACAACUUUAACUACAAAUGGGGCUGCUACUGUCGCGGCUAUGGCGAAUGUUUGGCAAUGAAGAGCACAAACUGGUUAUGGUUGGACUGGAUAAUGCGGGCAAAACAACUAUACUUUAUCAGUUUCUGAUGAACGAAGUCGUCCACACCAGCCCCACAAUAGGCUCCAACGUUGAGGAAGUCGUCUGGCGAAAUAUACAUUUUUUGGUAUGGGAUCUGGGUGGUCAGCAGAGCCUGCGAGCGGCAUGGAGUACCUAUUAUACAAACACAGAACUGGUAAUUAUGGUAAUUGACUCGACGGAUCGGGAAAGAUUGGCUGUGACGCGAGAGGAGCUUUACCGGAUGCUACAGCACGAGGAUCUAAGCAAGGCCAGCCUACUGGUGUACGCAAACAAGCAGGACCUGAAAGGCUCUAUGUCAGCAGCUGAGAUCUCAAGGCAGCUGGACCUAACGUCCAUCAAGAAACACCAGUGGCACAUACAGGCGUGCUGUGCGCUCACGGGCGACGGCUUGUAUCAGGGACUCGAAUGGAUUGUGCAACGCAUUAAGAAUAAAUGACAGACACAAUCGGACGGCGCUAGCUUAUAGUUAAAGAGUUAAUUUAGACAAAUAAAUCAAUUUUAUAUAAAUGUAAAGACAGACGUAACUAUACAAAACAAUUGAAAGGGGAUGUUUGAAAUGUUUGAAAAUAUGUACGAUUGUUGCAAAUGGGAAGCCAUGCCAAUUUUUACAAUGCUUUAGUUAAAAACUUUUGCCUUUGUUUACAACAGUUGCCUGUCGCCCUGAUUAAAUUUAAAAUACGUGUACUAAACUAUGCUAAUAUUAAGAUCUAAGCAGCCAAUUAAAUGCAAACUUCCAAUAAAUUUA